GUGUGUUCAUAGAAGGGGAAAUAGCCGAACCAGGGAGAAGGAAGGGGCCGCAGCCACCACCUGAAGAUGACGACCAGAUCGAUAGCUUCGAUUGGUAGCUCAUGGAAGCAGUCAUCUUUCAACUUAAUCAGAAGGACACUCAGCACCUCUUCUCCUGCUUCGGCUUCCACUUCCACUUCUGCUUCAAACCCUAGUACGACACUUCCCAAAUCAAAGAGAAAGAAGAAGAAGAAUUUGUUCGAGGUGGCUCAGUUUCUUCCUAAUUGGGGAAUCGGUUAUCAAAUGGCUAAAACCCACUGGUCUGGCGUCGCUUAUCAGAUUACCAAGAUCAAUCUUUACAAGGAUGGUAAGCAUGGCAAGGCUUGGGGAAUUGUUCACAAAGAUGGUAUACCAGCUGCUGAUGCUCCAAAGAAGAUUAGCGGUGUUCACAAGCGUUGCUGGAAAUAUAUUCCGGACUCCAAUAAAACCAAACAAAUAACACCUGAAUCUCAACCUCAAACCGAACCAGAAGUUCAAGCUACAUGAUACCCUCUACACAAGGUUAGAUGUCGUUCUCUUUGCUCUUUCUUUUUGGGACACAUUUGGCAUGGUGCUCGAAUUAUGUUUAGAGAUGUUUUUGCUCAGAUUGACCCAGAUUUGGUUGCUCAAUUGGAGCAUUCCGUUGAUGUUUUUUAGAAGAAUCUUUUUCAUUUUCUUUUUUAAAGUGCUAGCAAUGAGGUUGCAUGUUAAACCUCUUUUCGUCUUACUACGUUUGCCAUCAACCAAUGUUUCAAGCUUUGAUCUUGAUCAAGACUUCAUGUGAUCUCAUUGAUUGUUUUUAUAAUUUCUUCAGUUAUUUGCUUCAACGUUUCUA